GGCAUCGGCAAUGGGCUCCCACAAAAAAUUCUCCACCAUCUUCUUUUUCGUUCUUAUGGUAAUGAUUCUUCCGAAUCGUGCGAAUUCAAUCUUUUUUAAUUUCUCAUAUUUCGAUUCAAGUAAUAAUGAUAUUUUUGUUGAAGGAGACGCUGCCAAGGUAAAUAAUGAAAUUAAACUCACAAAGAAUUCCGUCGGUGACAAUUUUGGAAAUAGCGUUGGACGUGCAACGUAUAAUAAGUCAAUCCGCCUUUGGGAUUCAGCUACUAAAAAGCUCACAGACUUUGAAACACAUUUCUCAUUUAUCAUGAGGGGAUUAGAUAAUACGUCUUAUGGUGAUGGUAUCACUUUUUUCCUUGCUCCCAGUGGGUCUAAACUUCCUCCAAACUCAACAGGUGGAUCUCUAGGCCUACUGAGUAGUGAAAAGGCCUUGAACAACUCGAUUGACAAUAAUAUUGUUGCGGUUGAAUUCGACAGUUUUCAAAAUUAUUGGGAUAAUAGUUCUGAUCAUGUUGGCAUCAACGUUAACUCGCUCGUGUCUGUGGCUACUGUGAAAUGGAAAGAUAGUACAAUAAGAGAUGGAAGAAAAGCUAAUGCAUGGGUAGUUUAUAAUUCUACUACGAAAAACUUGAGUGUUUUUCUGACUUAUGCUGAAAAUCCUGUUCUCAACGGGAUUUUUACUUUAUUCCAUAUUGUUGAUCUAAGAGAGGUGCUACCAGAGAUGGUUACCGUUGGAUUUUCAGCUUCUACAGGGAAAUCGGUGGAAACCCAUCAAAUCCUUUCUUGGCAAUUCAACUCAGCGUUAGAAGACCCGAAGAGCAGUAAAAUCGGAUUGGUGGUGGGUCUUGUUAUUGGUAUUGGUGUUUUAGUUUGUGGGAUUGGUUUUGUUUUGUUUAUUCGAUGGAAGAAGAGGCGAAGCUCGAGCGACUUCGAAGAUGAUGGAGCGAAUUCCGACAUGUCUAUGGAUGAUGAAUUUGAGAAAGGAACAGGUCCAAAGAAGUUCUCAUACAACGAACUGGUUAAUGCAACAAAUAAUUUCGAAGGCGGAGGCAAACUUGGAGAAGGAGGAUUUGGAGGAGUUUAUAAAGGAUUAUUAAGUGAUUCUACAUAUGUUGCUGUUAAGAGGGUUUCCAAAGGAUCCCAUCAAGGAAAGAAAGAAUAUCAAUCCGAAGUAAGGAUUAUCAGCAGGCUACGACACAGAAAUUUGGUUCAACUCAUAGGAUGGUGCCAUGAAAGAAGUGAACUGCUUCUCGUGUACGAAUUCAUGCCAAACCGGAGCCUCGAUAACCAUCUCUUUCGUGGGGAAAAUGUUCUUUCUUGGGAAGUUAGGUACAAAAUAGCUCUUGGUAUAGCUUCUGCGUUACUGUACUUACAUGAAGAAUGGGAGCAAUGCAUAGUUCACAGAGAUAUUAAAUCAAGUAAUGUAAUGCUGGAUUCAAAUUUUAACGCUAAACUCGGGGAUUUUGGUUUAGCAAGGCUUGUCGACCACGGACUAGGUUCUCAAACAACAGUUUUAGCCGGAACCAUGGGAUACUUAGCACCUGAAUGCGUUACUACAGGUAAAUCAAGCAAGGAAUCCGAUGUUUAUAGUUAUGGAAUUGUUGCACUUGAAAUUGCUUGUGGGAGAAAGCCAGUCGAAGCAAACAGGAAAGUUUUGGUGGAGUGGGUUUGGGAACUUUAUGGAAGUGGAAACAUCAUUGAAGCAGCAGAUGAGAAACUAAAUUUGGAUUUCGAUGAACAACAAAUGCAACAUUUGAUGAUUUUAGGCUUAUGGUGUGCUCAUCCUGACCAGACAGCUAGACCAUCCAUCCGGCAGGUGCUUAGUAUUCUUAACUUCGAAUCCCCAUUACCGAAUCUCCCGCCAAAGUUGCCUACGCCGGUGUAUUAUUCCCUUCCGAUCCAAAUGUGUAAGCACUUUUACGGUGAUUUCACGAAUUCACAGACAGAUGGUAGUCGGUGUACCUGCACUAGCUGUACUUACACUAAUUCGUCUCAGCUGACUGCGUCUUCUACUAGUUCUUCGGCUACAAUAUCUCUUUUACACUCGCGUUAAUUUUGUGUUGAUUUAGUACUUGGUCUUUGACUCUAGCAGUCAUGUGCAAUGUACUCCAAAGUGUAAACACAAGAUGUGGGCUCUUGGAAAAGUUCAGAAAGAGUGAUGUAAACUUCCAAGGUGAAGUAUUGAAAAUGUUUUAUAGCAUUUCUGCAACA